CACUUCAUUAGUUCCGCCUCUUUCUGCAACUCUAAGCUCUCUUUCUCUCUCCUCUUUUGAUCUUUCUCAGAAUCCAAGCAAUGGCAUCUUCCGCUGCGAGUAAAUGGCUGAGGCCUGAGGUUUACCCACUGUUCGCCGCCGUCGGUGUCGCCAUCGGAAUCUGCGGGUUUCAGUUGGUCCGCAAUAUCUGCAUCAACCCCGAAGUCAGGGUUAGCAAAGAGACCAGGGCUGCAGGAGUUUUGGAUAACUUCGCCGAAGGAGAGAAGUAUUCUGAGCAUUUUCUGAGAAAAUACGUCCGCAACAGGGCUCCGGAAAUCAUGCCCUCCAUCAACAGCUUCUUCACCGAUCCAAACCGGAGCUAAAAUGAUUUGUGGAACUCUACUAUGAUUUUUGCGUUCUUUGAAAGUUGUGUUAAAAUUUGCAGUUAGACUUGCAAAUUGAACUAUGAUAAAUCGUGGAUAAUAAUAUUGUCAUGGGUUUUGUUUAUGUAAAAUAAUCUAAAUAUGGAGAUCUCUGAAACAGCCGCAAUGACAAGUUGUUGUGCUUGCUUUUAAAAA